CACACAUCUCUCCCCCCACCACUCUGCUAUACAAAGGAAGCUGUGAGUACUAGAGAGAGAGAGAGAGAGAGAGAGAGAGAGACUCGAAUCACACAAACUAAAAAAAGAAAACAGUGAGUGAUGGCUUGUGUUCGUUACAAAUCAUCAGAUCUAUGUCAAUGCAAACCUCACAUUGCUUCCGACGAGAGUAGUAAGAAGCUGGAGAAGAAGAAUAAGAAGAAGAAGAGCCACGUGUUGCUAGAAGGCUACGUUGAGAAUCUCGCCACGUUGGACAACCAAGACGAUCUGACGAGAUCCAAGAGCCUGACCGACGACGAUCUCGAAGAUCUCAAAGGUUGUCUGGAUCUAGGGUUUGGUUUCAGCUACGACGAGAUCCCUGAGCUCUGCAGCACUUUACCUGCUCUAGAGCUUUGCUAUUCCAUGAGUCAGAGAUUCUCUGACGACAACAAGCAGAACAAUGCCGCCAACAACGAAAACUCUUCACCGGAAAAUUCGUCGGUGGACGAUUCUCCGGCGCCUCCUAUUGCCAAUUGGAAGAUAUCUAGCCCCGGUGAUAAUCCGGAUGAUGUGAAAGCUAGGCUCAAGUACUGGGCACAAGCCGUUGCAUGUACUGUCCAAUUGUGCAGCUGAAUGAUUCAUUGUCACGUCUGAAGCAGGAACUCAAGUGAAGAUGUGAUAUUUACAUGAACACUGUUUAGCUGAGAAGAGAUCUCAGAAAGGCAUUGAAAGGUCUGAAAUUUAACUGAACACCUAGUAGUAUGAUUUUUUAUUAUCAUUCCAUCUAUAUCCGUAGUAGUAUCAAGUCUAAUAAUUUUUGUGAACGGAAAAUAAAUGUAUCAUUGAAUAAAAACAGCACAUUCUUUCUCA